UGCGUCCCAGAGACCCGCACCCUCUUCGCACUCCACCCAUCACGGCCCUUCAGAGAGAGUUGUUUACUGACGACAACAGCGAAGGGGGAACCUUGACGUACACGAUCUGCGUAAUUUUACAACUUGAAAUGCAUCCGCACUUGGUUUUGAGGUGAAAGUUGUCCUACUGUUUGAAGGGACCGUGCAGCUCUGCAAUGGGUAGCCUUGGGACAGAGGCCGACACGGCAGCGAUCACGGGGGAACCUUCUACGAAUAUCAAGGAUCCAUCCAACAUUAAAUCGGACACUGACCCGCAGCUUUCCACAGAGUUGGUCCAAAUGGAACAUCAUCACAUAAACACCUUCAUGUUUCUCUCUGAUCACAGGGUCUUCGUCAACAGGAGUUUGACCCUGGAAAGCAUCAAAUGUUACGGCUUUGACAUGGACUACACUCUGGCUGUCUACCAGUCUCCAGAGUACGAGGGUCUGAGCUUCGAGUUGCUGAGAGACAGGCUGGUGUCCAUCGGCUACCCCCAUGAGCUGCUGCGCUAUACGUAUGACUCCACCUUCCCCACACGAGGCCUGGUGUUCGACACUAUGCUCGGUAAUCUGCUGAAGGUGGACUCCAAUGGGAACGUCCUGCUCUGCACUCAUGGCUUCAAAUUCCACAGAAGGGAGGAGAUCCUGGUGUGUUACCCCAACAUGUUCAUCCAGAGAAGCAACACAGACCGCUUCUACAUCCUCAACACUCUCUUCAACCUCUCAGAGACAUACCUCUACGCCUGCCUGGUAGACUUCUUCCAUAGAACCGCCAGAUUCAAGAACCACGAGAAAGGGUACCAGCACGGCGAUCUGUUCAUGUCCUACAGAAGCAUGUUCCAAGACGUCCGAGACGCCAUGGACUUCAUCCACAACACGGGUAUUCUGAAAGAGAGAACUGUGAAUGAUUUAGAAAAAUAUGUGAUAAAAAACCCUGACCUUCCUGUUCUGCUGAGUCGCCUCAGAGAAGUGGCUAAAGUCUUCCUGGCGACUAACAGUGACUACAACUACACCGAGGCCAUUAUGACGUACCUCUUUGAAGAACCACAAGAUGGCGCCACGUCGGGCCAACCCAAAAAGUCGUGGCAGUCGUACUUUGACCUUAUCGUCGUGGACACCAGGAAACCCCUGUUCUUUGCGGGUGGGACAGUGCUGAGACAAGUAAACACGAACACGGGAAAUCUGCGUAUCGGAACUUACACUGGAGACCUUCAACAUGGCACCGUCUACUCUGGGGGCUCCUCCGACAUUGUGUGCGACCUGCUGAAUGUGAAGGGUAAGGACAUCCUGUAUGUAGGGGACCACAUCUUUGGGGACAUCCUGAAGUCCAAGAAGCGCCAGGGAUGGAAGACCUUUCUGGUUGUUCCGGAACUUGCCAAGGAGCUGGAGAUUAGGGCUGAGAAGAGCAGUCUUUUUGAGGAGUUGAAAUAUCUUGAUGUCAUGCUGGCUGACCUUUACAAGAAACUGGACAGUGGAAGUCGGGAGUGUCCUGAAAUCUUGGCCAUUAAGACCAGGAUUAAGGUGGUGACCUACAAGCUGGAUAUGUCCUACAGCCAGACUGGCAGCUUGUUGAGAAGUGGCUCCAGUCAGACCCUGUUUGCCAGCCAGCUCAUGCGCUAUGCAGACCUGUACGCUACUUCCUGUAUCAACCUACUCCACUACCGCUACAACUUCCUGUUCAGGGCCCCUCCUCUCCUGAUGCCUCACGAGUCGAUGUUGGAGCAGCCAAGACCGCUGAGCUUCCCUUGCCAGGGUUAAAGGUUUUGAAGCCUCUUCGGAUAACUGAAGCAAAGGUCACACCAUUACGAUGAAAUCCUUAAGGAGAGAUAUUUUUUUUUUUUUUUUUUACAUUUACAAAUACUGGGAGUUUACUGACAUUACUUGUAUUUUUUUGUAUCUUUUUUCCAGAGGACAAAUGUGCAGGAUAACAGUGUAGAAUGAGACAGAAUGAGACAUGAGAGAGUGGAAUUAGAUUUUUUUGUAUUUUUCAUCCUGAAGGCGACUUCUUUAAAGUUUUCCCCCAGCAUAAAUGUCGGUCAGUUGUUUUAGGAAUUGCGCCAUCUGCUGGACAAGAAUUGCCAAACAUUCUAAUUGGGGAUCUCACAAUUUAUCAAUGAAAAAUGAUUUUUUAAAUUUUAUUUUAAGGGGUUGUGAAUUUAUCAUUUACCUUGUCUAUGUAUGAUUUAUUUAAGUAAAUCAUACAUAGACAAGGAUAGUUCCAGGAUUACUGUAUAUAUUAACGUGUGUCUUAAUAAGUUAUAUUUGUUACCAGUUUACUAUGCAAGCCACCUAUGCAUAUUGUCUGUUGCAUGCUUAAACGUUUUUUUAACGAAAAAUAAUGACAAGGGCCGGGUUUCCCAGAUUCGUUAAGAAGCUGUUAACGCUAAGAGCUUCUUAAGAACGUUCGAACGCUCUUAGAACGUUCUUAAGAAGCUCUUAGCGUUAAGAGCUUCUCAACGAAUCUGGGAAACCCGGCCAAGAACAUUUACAGCUAAAUACGCCAGAAUUAAUGUUGUUCAUAAUGAUAAUGGAUAAGGAAUAAUCAUUCAUCAGUCAUUGAAUGUAUGGCACAUUAGCCCACACACAACAUCGUUGUCAUUUUUGGAAGAGUUUGUUUAUAGAUAAUAUGUUGUUUGUUGUUUAUAUCCAAUUUGAUAAAAAAAAAAACUAAACACGA